AGGAUUCACGCGAGGUAAGGGCCGCCCACAACAGAUCAGGCUCCCCGCACCAUGACAAGUGUGUCUGGUCGGACGUCGUCGAGUCGGAGUAGCAAGUAUUGCCAGGCGUCGAUCCCUGAUUAUGUCGGCAAUAGCGGCAGCAUAGGUGGUGGUGCGGUGCCGCGACGAGUAUACCAAACGCGCCACAAGACGUCCAUAUCACGGUUAUUUAAACGCGAUGCACCGAGCAAUCUAGACUCGCCCAUGCAAUUUUCAGGGGACGACGUUGUCAUGGAAGGCGUAUUGACGAAAUUGUCCACGAGCAAGUACUUCUCUAGCAAGCCGUGCUAUUGCAUCUUGCGGUCCGACACUUGGUCGCUAUGCCAGUACAAAAGCCAAUCAGAUCUCAUAUUACUUGGGGAGAUUGUGCUGUCGCAGCAUGACAUUGUGCGCGACGUGAGCGACUGCGAAUCGAUGGGGCCGGUCGUGCACAAGUUCGAACUGUUACGACCCGUGGCGAACCAGUGCGUGCACUUUGCGACGCCGACCAUUCGAAGCUUGGAGCAAUGGAUUUGUGCACUCGAGACAGCGAUUUUUGAACUGAGCCAGCUGGGCAAGCCGGCUCUGCCCCAUCCUCCACAGCCCGAGCUCUCAAUAGGAACAUCAGGAUCCCGAUCGAGUCGGAGCCCAAAGAAAGCAACAGCCACCGAUGACAGUGGCGGUCGACUCGCUCAAUCGAACGAAGACUCGAUGACAGCUGCGUUUGCCGCGGCGACCAUGCUUGAAGACGAACUGCGGAACGAGCCGAUGUGUGGAGAUGUUGAUGACAAUGACUGCAACAACAAUUACGACAACGACAGCAAUGCUUUCCCAGAGACACAUGAGGACAACAACAACGACGACGAUGCGGGGGACAACCAAGAUUUUGGUGAUGACGACGAAUCCAAACCAGCGUAUCCAGGCGCUUCAUCCCACAGCGACCUUGUGGGCGCUUCACCGACGUGCUUUUCGUCAAGGCAGUCGUCGCCCGAGAAGCUCCGCACCCGACAGACGACAUCUUUACUGGGCGAUCGCUUCUUUCGCAAAGUGCCAAGGGUCGCACCAGGCUUGUCCAGCACAGCUGUGCGUGCCGUGCAUUCGUUCAGCGCGAGUGGCCAAGUCUUCACAUUGGACGUCAAGUACAAAUUGAUCAAGCCGAUUGGAACUGGCGCGUACGGCGCCGUCAUAUCAGCCACCAACGACGAGUCGGGGGAGAGCGUCGCGAUCAAGAAGAUCUCCAAUAUUUUUGACGACCUCGUCGAUGCAAAGCGCAUCCUCCGUGAAACGAGGUUACUGGGCCAUUUUAACCACAAAAAUAUCACACGGCUCCUGGAUUUGCUGCCACCGCCUUCCCGCGCCGCCUUCGACGACAUGUACAUUAUUGCCGAGCUCAUGGAAACGGACUUGCAUCAAGUAAUUUACAGCAUGCAGCCCAUGUCUGACGACCACGUCAAGUACUUUUUGUAUCAAAUUCUGUGCGCUCUGCACCACAUUCACUCGGCCGGCGUCAUCCAUCGAGACAUGAAGCCGUCCAACAUCCUGCUCAACUCCAACUGCGACCUCAAAAUCUGCGACUUUGGACUGGCCCGUGGAGGGUUCCCAGAGAACAUAGAGUUGACAGAAUACGUGGUCACAAGGUGGUAUCGCGCGCCUGAAAUCAUGCUGAAUUGCUUGCAGUACACCGAGGCCGUGGACAUGUGGGCGGUGGGGUGCAUUCUGGCCGAAAUGAUUCAGCGGGAACCGCUCUUUCCUGGCAACGACUACAUCCAUCAGCUCAAGUUGAUCAUCAAGUUUAUGGGGACGCCAAAAGUUGACGAAGUCGAGUUUGUCAAGAACGCCAAGGCCCAGCGAUUUCUGACCAAACUCCCUAUUUACAAACCGAGCAAGUUUGAGGACGUGUUCCCGGCCGCGAACGAACAAGCGAUUGACCUCCUGCGACAAAUGCUCGUGUUUAACCCGGCGAAACGCAUCUCCGUUCUCGAUGCACUACACCACCCGUACCUGGAAGCGUUUUUCGAUGCCGCCGACUUGGUCGUAUCGCCGCCGUUCGACUUUGGGUUUGACAUCCCCGACGACAAGCUCACGCGGGACGCGCUCGUGUCGCUCCUCAUGGAAGACAUCGCGACGUUUCAUCCUGAAUUGGACUUGACCGAGAACGCAUACCUGCCGGGUCCGUCAGCAUUUUUGCCGCCACCUCCGCCACCGUCGAGGAGUCCGCCGUCGUCGUCCGCGGGGAACGUCGCCGCGGCUACUGUCAAUGAAGCUUAAUCUACAACGUCCACGCAGAGGGGAGGGUCAUCGUAAUGUGUCGUGUGAGCAGGGUGUGCAAUAAAGUGUGUCGGUAUUAUUUAUUUCGUGCGCACGCGCUUCCACUUGUACACGGGCGGCGCCCCGUUGACACCGUCCGCGACCUUGAACUUUUUGCCUUUGGCCUGCACCGCGCGCUCGAGAUCCAAAUGCUGUCGCAUGCGGUUGAGCUUGUCGGCGCGAUCGAUGCGAUUCGACAGCUCGGUGUACGUGUUGACAGCGGACGCGGUCGGCGGCUCCAGCUGGAUCUGCGCCAAGUCACGCUUCCGCAGCCGGUUGGACGCGCGGGACACGAGGGCGGGCACUGUGUCGAAGUGGGCGGCGACAUCGAAUUUGCGCACGUCAUCUGCGUCGUCCACGAAUACUUUGUGUGUGUUGGGCUUCUCCACGUCGAUAAAGUGCGCCGUGGCUCGCAACUUGUCGGCCUUGGACGAGUCCACACUGCGUUUCAUGUGGAGAUAAGCGGCAUCCUGCGUCUUCAUAACUUUUAACACUUCGGCGGACAGUUUAUCGCGGUGGUUGUUUGUCGACACGUGCUGCCCGUCAACUGUCUGCGCUUGGUUCAUGGAGAAGUAGAACUCGUCCGGGUUGCGGAACGCCGCUUUGAGCUGCAUCGACUUGAGGCGCUUCUCCUUCGAGUGAAAGUCCUGCGCGCGUCGCACAUAGUCCUUGUGCUUUUCGAGGAUCCCGAGCUUCUUCCGGUCUUGGGGCUGCGACCGCUCCUUGUGUUCGCGCCGCUUGACGGCGUUCCGGAGCGACGACAUGGCUCGUUUCGCAAUGCGAGUCGAACUCGCG